UUGGUUUUCAAUUAAACUAUUAUAAAAUUGAAGUGUAAAUUAUACGAACAAAAAUUAAAAAAAUGGUUUCGCGUAAUUUGGUCUCAGUGUUGCUGUGUUUUGUAUUCAUGCUGGGAGCACAAGCUUUUCCUGCUGAUGUUGAACGGUGUCAUGCUGGAGACGUAGAAUGCAUUCGAAAAUCAGCUGUAAACCUAUUACAUAAGUACUCAAAGACAGGAUAUCCAGAGGCUGGUUUCCCAGUUCUAGAACCAUUUACACUCAAAAAGUUUGAUAUUUCUGAUGGUCGUUCCGGUUCAUUGAGUUUCAAAUUGAACUUCAAGGAUGUUUUAGUCGGUGGAUUAUCAAAUGUUAAUUUUGACAAAAUGGUUGGCUUUGAAGCAGAUCCAAAAACAAGCAAAUUUGAACUGUACGGAAGUUUGCCAAAGUUGACAUUGCGCGGUAAAUAUACUGCCGAUGGUCGUAUAUUAGUUCUUCCCAUUCAAGGUGAUGGCGAUGCUGAUAUUACAAUUGUGAAGCCUAAAUUUUCGGUUAAAUUCAAGCCAAGCUUGAACAACCAAGGUGGCAAGACUUACUUGGGAAUUGAUAAAUUGAAGAUCCUCAUCGAACCAGAAAAAGUUCAAAUCAAACUUACAAAUCUAUUCCAUGGUGACAAAACUUUGGGAGAAAAUUUGAAUUUAUUCUUGAAUGAAAAUUGGAGUGACGUUUGGACUGAAUUACAACCAUCAAUUCAUGUAGCGAUAUCGGAAAUUGUACGAAGUGUUGCUUUGAAUGUUUUCAAAAAAUUCCCCUAUGAAGAUUUGUAUUUGCAUCUUCCAGACCAAUUUACCGCCAACCAACCCAUAUUGCACUUGAAGCUAGACACUCUUUCAGCAUCAUGGAGGUCUGAACUUUCGGAGGAGCUAACACCAAUCGGAACAUUACCUCGUUUUAGUCAAGGCUACUCUGCCCUGAACCUAGUUGGCCUAAAUCCAUUGAAAAUUUCUGAAAUAAGGAUAAACCAGGGAGCCGAAAGCCCCGUUAAUAUCGACCUUAAAUUAAAGAACAGCGAAUUAACUGGCAUAAAGGAUGCCAAAGUUCUUCAUGUGAAAGGUUUCGGUAAAAACAUUGAUCAAGUCCAUGAAAUGACCUUGGAGUCUAAUUCAGUUUCAUUAAACGGCGACUACACUAUCAAAGGAAGAGUUCUUAUUCUACCAAUUAAUGGAAAUGGAAAAAGUAACAUCACAAUGGAAAACGUUCGACUUAAGAUGUCCUUACUGGGAGAAUCAGUAGUCAGAGAUGGUGAAACUUACAUGAAUGUCAAAAAUGUGAAACUCAACAUUGACACAAGUCGAUUAUAUUUUGAAUUUCUAAAUCUUUUCAAUGGUGACAAGACAUUGGGUGAUAAUAUGAACUUAUUUUUAAAUGAAAAUUGGAAGGAUAUUUAUGGUGAAGUACGUGGAUCGAUAACAUCGGCAUUUGCAUCGAUAUUCCAAAGUGUUGUAAAUAAUGUUUUUUCAAAUUUAUUACAUUUCCAAUCAAGAAUCCGAGUAAUUUUCGACAUGGUCAAUUGUGGAAUUAUUUUUUUAAUAGUUUUAGUUCUAAUUGUCUCAAGUGAAGGAAAAUUACCUUCUGAUAUUAAACCAUGUAAAGCAGGAGACCAAAAAUGUUUGAUAGAAACAAUUAACAAAAUUAUUGAGACUAAAUACAUGGGUGACCCUGACCUAAAUUUAAUUAGCAUUGAUCCGCUACAUAUUGAUUUUAUGGAAGUUAAACAACCUAAAGCAAGUCCAGUAAGCAUUGAUCUGUCAUUCCGUAAUAGUGAAGUUUAUGGCUAUAAGAAUUUUCGAGUAUUCAAAGUACGAGGUUUUGGAGAAAAUCCCGAAGGUAAACACUCCGUCUAUUUUAAAGGACCUGCUGCUUCUUUGGUCGGUGAUUACAAGAUCGAUGGAAAAAUUCUAAUUUUGCCCAUUGUUGGCGAGGGCAAGAGUAAUAUAACACUUGAAGACGUAUAUUUAAAAGUAAUGAUUAAUGGUGGAUCUAAAGUUGAAAAUGAUCAUAUUUAUUUGGAUGUUAAAGAGCUUAAAUUGAAUUUGAAUACAAGUCAAGUUCAUUUUGAUAUGUCGAAUCUUUUCAAUGGAGAUAAAGCACUUGGAGAUAAUUUAAACAAAUUUAUGAAUGAGAAUUGGGAAGACAUUUAUCUGGAAAUCAAAGGUGCUGUUUUGGAUGGUUUUGCAAAAUCUUAUACAGGUUUUAUAAGAGCUUUGUUUGCUUCACAUCCAUAUAGUGAACUUAUUGAUGGUGGAAAAUAGUAUCUAUUAGUCGAACAGUUUUAGAUUUGUUUUUCAAAAAAAAUAAUAAAGCUUUAAUUAUUUGUGUAAUAUUUAAAAUAAAAA